AUGGCGGCGAUGGAGGCCAAGGACAGUGAGGCGAAGGUGGCGGGUCCGAGCCAGCAGACAGCCUCGGCAAGUACGGGUGAUAGUGAACUAGACCAAAAGGUAGCAGAAUGGCUGGCUUUAGACCAGGUAAAUACUUCGAUUGUCAACCAAAACAAUGUUUAUCCAAAACAUCGUAUUUGAGCGAACAGCAGAGUGUAAAGGCCUCAUCUCGCGGCGAGAAACUGCAGGAUAACACUCUAAAUUCGAGAUUGCUCCGAAUCUCUAAAUUUAAGAAAAGUUUUCUUAUUUUACGCGAAAAAUUUAAAACAUAUUAUAGGAUAAGAACUCUUUUUUCUGUAAUUUAAACAGGCAGUUUGAAUUUACGAGAACAAAAUCGUUCUAUGAUUUGUUUUAAAUUUUUUUCUUAAAAUAAGAAAUCUCGAAUUUAGAGUGUGACCUGCCACAUAAGUCUUAUAAGUAUAAACACACUCAGUGAUCUUGGUGAUUUAAGCAAUCUGACUGGUUUGCUAUCUCGGUCUAUUCAACAAUAUUCACCUCCUAGUGAGUGGAUAAUGUGUGAGCUCGGUGUUUUCCCCAUAUUUUUAGAGAACAAUCUUUUAAAAGUCGAUGAAUUCCUAGGGUUGACUUUUUUUAGGCAAGGAAUAGCCUGCGUAAAAAGCGUUUCCGUUUGACUUUGGAGCAAAAAAAAGACUGAGGACUUUCACUGCGUGAGAAAUGAAAUGAGAGCCAAAAAAUGAAGGAGGGGGGAGGGGAAGGGGAAGGAAGGAAACGCUUGCAGACAAACCCCUCGAUUUUGAAAACCUGCGUUCACCAGCGAACGCAGUGCCUGAUUGGCUCGGCUAGUGGAACAAUAUUGACAUGUGUCAAUCAAAGCUUUGUUUCAUACUGAGAGGUCAUGGAUGGGACGUGACACUCAUAUUAAUUUUCAGUGGUUGUUGUUUAUUCUGUUCAGCAAGAUUUGCCCUCCAAUGCAAUAGCAUUUUCACUGACCUCUUUUGAAACGUAGAGCUUUUCUUGCAACUAAAUAAAGGUUUCUGGUUGUUUAAUUUAUUCUCCAAAGUGCCUCCUGGAUCUGAAUAACGUAAAGCGAUUUUCUUUUGUAAGUGAAUGCGAUGGUUUCCUGCAAUGUUUUGUCAUGCUGUGCCCAGCUUGUUAGUGUUUUUUGCAGGAUGUUAAAUUCUCUCGGAUAGUGAUUUCAGAUCCAAAUUUCAAAGAAUGGAUUGCAGCGUAGCUACAUCAACUAUGGAGAACUGCAUUGUGACUUAGUCAAGAUUGCUGAUUAAGCAAUGGUUGCUUUAACUGUUCUGUUACAUGUAUUGCCCUUUCUAAUCAGGCAAGACCCCGCAAGACCAUGGAUUGGUUCUCCACGCGAGCUUCAUCGGUUGCCGGGUUAGCUUUGUUUAUAGAUACUUUUACAAGAGCAUCUCUAGUUGUCUGUGCCGUGUCAAGAACGGUAAGCUGUUCUGUCCGGCAGAACUUUGACCUUGCACAAAAACACGUUGUGGAUCAAAAAUACUAGACUUGAAUACUUGUCACAUUUCUUAAACACUUCAAAUCCACCUUUCUGGAGGUUUUGAUCUAAAACUUAAAAACUUCACUCUUGCUGUUCUUCCUUUUAGACAGAUUGAUAAGACAAAUGUACAAAGCCUGCAUUGAUCUUUCGGAUUCAUUGAGAUUUCAACAUUAACACCAUCCAGGCAUACCAAAAUGCAAAAAAAAAAAUUCUGUUUUCGCACACGUGUCCUCUAAAGUUCAUUUCCACUCCACGGAAGGCCAAACAUUUUAUUGGCCAAUUUUGACAGCUGAUGACACUGUCAAAUGCCAGUGCGCGAACUCAGGCAUGACAGGCCAAGUGAGCGGUUUUCAAAAUUCGGGCUUUGUCUGCAAGCGUUUCCUUCCUUUCUUCCCCACCACCUCCAAACUCUUUUACUUUUGUCAUUUUGACUCUCUUUCCUUGUUCUUUGCUCCUAAACCGCACAGAAACACUUGCUACGUAGGCUAGACAAGGAAAGACUUGGAAGGAUUCAAAAUGGCAUUUUUCCAUUUACUGUAGCUGAAAUUUUUUCUUGAUGGAUUGUUUGUAAUAACUUCCGUUUAUUCGCGUAGAAAAAAAUUUGGCCCAAAAAUCGAAGUUAAUUUAUGACAAACAAAUUUAAAAGCAAAUGUUGCAGAAAUUCUACGUUUCAAGUAGAUAGGAAAAAGAAGGCUGUUUUUGUCAGCACUACAUGCGAAGAAUGACACAACAAACCCUUUUGGCUAUAAACUUGGCGAGUUAACAGAAAACAACAAAGAUCUACUUUUCUUCCCAGGUAAGGAAACAGUUCAAACUUUUAAUGGUUCCAUUUAAGCCAUUACACUGUUGUUUGUGAAGUGAUAAACUUGUUUAUUGCCAUGUUUGAAAAUUCUGCAAAGAUCUAUUUUUAGACUUUCGUAUGAUUUGAUCCGUCAAUCAAAUCAUACUUUUUAAUGGUUUUGUCUCUGAUUUUGAUGAGAUCACUUUGUUUGUAUGUACUAAACAAUCUCGGUGAAUAGUGGCUUUAGGGAUAUUUACUUGAUUUCAAAGAAUAAUUGUUAAUUAGCUACUUUUAAGUCCUGAAUAACUGGCUACGAGGUAUGCAAAAUCUCGUCUUUAGGAGUGUCAUCAUUCACAACUGCUUGGUAGUAUCUUCCUUGCUUCAUUUGUGGGACAUCAGGUCUUUUCAGACCCAUUAUUAUUUGGUGAUAACUCUACACCAGAGGUUUUUCUCUCUCCCAUAAUUUGUAAUUUGUUUACCCACAAAACACUUAUGAGUUGUUAUGAACUCGUUUAAAUGUGUCCACAUCGAAUUGGAAUUUGGAAGUGUUGGUUUUUUAGGAGAGGGGAAAACUUGAGUACCUGGAGAAAAACCUCUCAGAGCAACGGAAAGAACCAACAACAAACUCAACCCACUGAUGGCUUUGACGCCAGGGUUUGAACGCGGGCCACAUUGGUGGGAGGCGAGUGCUCUCACCACUAUGCCACCCUUGCUUUGAGACUUGUUGUUGCCGCUUUGCAGCUCGCUCUGCGCUGGGCCUUGUAACCAUGAUUGUUUAAUGGGUUUUUUGAUUGUAAGUAAGGAACAAAGAAAUACUAUUAGAAGCAAUCAGAACUCGGCAUAACUGCAGAAUGCAGGGCCAAUUUCUAUGUAUACUAGUUGGGGCAGCUCUGUGGCUUUGCCGGUGAAAAAAACAACCUGAUCAUAUAA